AUGAACCGCGCCGCCACUCAGAGUGGCGGCAUGACCCAAACGGCCGCGAACUGCACAUACACGCAAAAGUGUGGCAGGUGUCCUGCCGUAAUUGAGUAUGACGCUCACGCCGACUGGCCCACGGUCAGCCGCCUCGUCAACGAGCACUGGGCCACCUGUCCAUCCAAACUCAGUUUUCAUGGGCCUAGCCCAUUUUAUCCCCCUUCUGAAUCCCACGAAACACAAAACGCACCAAGUCCUCCACAUGACGUUACAAUUGAGAGCUUGGCUGUUGAUGACAGCAAUCACGAUGAUCCAUUCAUCAUAGGCUGUGGCAAACAAAGGAAAAGCGAGGGUCAGCGCAAACAGGAGCUAGAGGACGACGAGUAUACCUGUAACGUUCAACCUACAUCCGUCAGGUGCCGCGGAUGCGACAAGGAGAUCAGCCUCGACAAGAGGUCAAGGUACUACCCUGGAUUAUGGGCCAAGCACAAACGCAAAUGUCCGGCUAUCCAGAGGACCGAGAAAGAGAAACUCACCAGAAGUGCACGGGGAUUUUGUCCAUUGAAUGCAGAACGGCGCCCGACAGCUGCUAGCUCGUUUGAGAUAGAUAACCGCCAAGCUGACGGCAUGGCGCGCGCGGCGAACUCUGUUGAGCACGAUGCAUUGCGACAAAUGGAGCUGUCGUCCGACGAUGAUUCGAACGAGGGAGAUCAGAACCAUAUCCCUUUCAGCACGUUGAAUAUGCAAUACUAUAAUGAAUGCUUGAAAAGGGGAGAAAGGUCAUGGACGUACCGGUAUGCCUCUACGAAGGAAAUCAUGGAGAAAGUGUUCGAUAACGAUGGAUCUUAA